CUCUGUUAUAAUAUAGGUGAAGAUGUUUCAUUCAAGCUUCUGGCCGAUGAAGAGAUUGAGGACACAGAGACCUUCCAGCUGGAGUUUGUUAAAACCGAUACGUACGCUAUUAGGGUUUGUGACUUCAAGAAGAAUAGGGAAGCCAAGUACUGGAAGAGAUAUGCUGCUGGUAUCCAGGCUAAUGGCACCUCAAAGGACCAAGCGGAGUGCCAAUUCGCUGUCGAAUACGAGGGCAAGUACAUGCGUCUGCGUGCUCCAGGUGGCAAGUACGUCGGUGUCCGUGACAACGGCCAUCUACUUCUUCAGGAUUCCCCGAAGGACUUCAUCUUCCGUCUGAUCAACCGUCCAAAGUUGGUACUGAAGUGCACGCAUGGAUUCGUCGGGGCAAAGGAUGACAAGGUGGCCUGCAACCGAUCCAACUUUGAUGUCUUCACCGUGACGUUCAAGGAUGGUGGAUACACUAUCCAAGAUUCCACUGGAAAGUACUGGUCUUGCGAUGACAGUCAGAGCACCAAGCCCGUCGUUCUUGGCGAGGCACCCGGUAUUUUCUUCUUUGAAUUCCACGAGCUCUCCAAGUUUGCCAUUCGAGCAGAAGGUGGUGAUUUGAUCAAGGGCGAGCAGAGUGGCUUGUUUACCGCCAAUGGUACCAAUGCCUCAGCAACUGAUAACACGUUGUGGGAAUUCUAAAUCAAUUGGGCUUGAAAUAAGCCAACUCCAAAGUAGCUAUAUAUAGAACAGCUUACCGGCCAGCCACUCUAUCUAUUAUAACACUUGCAAAUAUUGUACAUUUUUUUUAAUACAAACAUAUUUUUCAAAGGUGCAUAAUAAUUAUGUUUAACUGUAGCGAGAUUGUUGGGAUCUUUUUGUUUUUCAUUGCCUUGCGUACUGACUUCCAUUUUCUCUUAUUUUCAAGGGAUACAUUAAUUAUUUCAUAUCGACGAAAGGAAAGAUUUUGUAGAUUUCUUGAAAGUUAGUAGAAGAAGAUGAAUAAUUGCAAUCUUAUAAUUUUGAAGCGGUCUUUGUAGACGCACUAACUCUCUUCUUUCUUCUCCUUGGCCUCAACAAAUGAUUACAUCAAGUGAGAAAAUGGUAGCAACUUAACAUUAGAUUUGAAAUUGGGAGCAUUCAGAAUGGAUUUUUCUGAAAGAUUGAAAUUAUAAUUCCAUUCACCCACAUCAGUGUCAUUGACAACUCAUGCAUUCCAGAGGCGCUGAACAGCUAAAGCCGCUCCGCUCGUCCGGGAACUGUGUUGUGUUAUUCUGUUUUAAAAUGGAUGUUGUAACAAUACAGUCGAUCUUCAACUCCAUCUUCGAACUGGAUCUUGUUUGGAAUCUGGUGAUGAACGUACCUUUGAUGACUGGUUUGGAGAUUCUGUCAAAAUAAUUCUAGAAAAACAAAAUGAUGAUCAGAAGCUUCUCCUGUCACUUAUUUAAAACCGUAGAAGGUAUAUCGAUAAUGAGAAAUGAUUUUGAAAAUAAAUUGCGAUUAUGAUUUUUUUUUUAUCCGCUCUUUGUGAUACAAUUACUUGAGUUUCUAGAGGAUCGCAUGAAGGAUGCUUCAUAGAAAUUAAUUUUCUACAGGUUUUAAAUAAGGGACAGGACUCUACCUGAAGGUAUUCUUUUUUUGUCAAGUUUUGAUGAAAGUGAGAUUAAUUGAUGGAUCCUAGUUCCAUUUGCAAUUGGCAACAUAAACAUCUCUUCACCAUCAUUGUAAGUUUUGUAAUAAUGUGGAAGCAGAUUAGAUCAUGUUUGAUGUGACAGCAGGGAGUAUACACGAUAUCACUCGUACAAAACGCAACGUAUCUGAGUCAAUAUUUGCAAUAAUGUUUAGAUCGUGAAUUUGUAUAAUAUGACAAAGAUGUUUGUAAGCAUUGUAAAGUAAUAUCUAGUGUACUGUAGGCAUAAUGGAUUAUUUCUUUUUUUUUCCAUGAUGAAACAUACAUUCUGAUUCUGAACAAAAUCUUGCUAUGCACAUUUCUGACUACAUAAUUAAAACAUGGGGCUAUUAACUUGCUCCAUGAUUAAAACAAAUUAUAUGUGUAUUAUCUCAAGUAUACUAUUCUUAUUAUUAUGUAAUGUUGUUUGUGUGGCAUAUAAAAUAUAGAGGACUUUUUAUGCUAUCAAAUCAUACAUUUGCUUUCCAAAAUGAUAUUGCUAAAAUGGAUUGGCGCAAUUAGGCCUCCACUUUCGGUACUUUCGUCAUAUUCGCUUCAAUUUCAAUGGUGUAUGAAUUGUUUACAUCUGAAUAUUUUAUCUCAUGCAUUAGGUAUUUAUUUCCCCACGAUAGGCAAUGUGGAUUUUUAUUUGUUUCCUGCAAAAAUCAUGAAGAUAUAGUUGCAGGAAUAAAUUCUCUCAUUAAAUGGUACAAUUUCCUUCAAGUUUAAGUUUUUCUAGUUCAAUUACUACUUCACCCUGUGUAAUUCUGUAUGUAUGUUUGCAAGCCACAUUCAUGAAAUAAUAAAAAGAAUUAUUGUAUUAAUCAUAUCAAAAUAGUGUUGAAUGUAGACAUGGAAGUACAAUUUCAAACCCACAGACUUUGUAACUAUUACAGUAAAGUUAAAACCGAAAUAAGGAGAUUUUCUGCACAAAUAAGCAAAGUUAUAUCCUAACUUUCGAAUGACAGAUGUGUUAUGACCUUAGUGUUGGUAUAUUCUUAUGCAGCUAAAUGCCUGUACAUGUGCGAUUUUAAACACAUGAAUACUUGCUCAUAUUAUACUUCUUGCUGUCUUAGGAAUUUCAUAUAUCAUUCCAACUUUAUGUGACAUGUUUAUCCAUUACUAUUAUCUUUUUUUAAGUUUGAUUUUAUUUUUGGUCUUUCAGAUGUGUACUACGCCUGUAAAUAUUCUUUCUUUUUUAAUGCUAUGAUGUAUGUAACAUUAAUUUAUGUAUUAUAGCACCAGUGAAACGGUUAAAACUAUUUCUGCAUCAGAUUUAAUGGCGUAGCAAUUAAGUUAACUUUAAAACUUAACACUGAGAGUUUUCGGUAUUGUAUAUUGUUGACUUGUUCUCGUUGGGCAGUUAGGAGACUGAUUAAUUCAGACUAGGUGAGAAAAAAAACUACCAAAAGAGAUUAAGAUUUUAUAGAAAAGUGAUAUUGUAUUUGUUAUAAAUGUUAUGAAUAUAAUGAUAUUCGAAUUUGCAAGGUAAUGAAGGUUUAUUUGCUGAAGAAAUUGUAAAAAAAUCAACCUAUUUCCUUCUGUUGUCUUUUCAUAUACCACUUUAUAGAUAUUCUGUUUGCGUAUAUAGAAGAGUACCAUAUAGCAAUAUAAGUUUUGUAUCAUAAUUUUUUGUUGGAGUAUAAUUAGCACUGCUAAAUCGUUAACUAACUCUUUUAUUUUCUAACACUUUUGGAAUCGUCCGGUACAUUCAUUCGUUGAAUAUGACGGCGUUUCUUUAAUCAGCUAUGCACUGUCAAAAAUAAAAUGUAGGUAUUAGAUUUAAAAACACGAAUAUAUAUGUACACCCUUAAAUGCUAGAAUGCGCCGUUUUUUUAACAGGGUACGCAUAGCGCACGGUCGUGAACUUUUAUAAAAGAGGUUGAUGAUAACAGUUUGCUAACCAUAAUAGUAAUGUUGAAAAAAAAAUGGUUUAUUGCAUGUAAUAAACGGCCUUAUAAAUGGGAAA